CAUCAUGCCACUGCCGUCCGAUAUCAUCCGCCGUCCGGUGGGUGACGUCAGGGCGCACACGCGUAACCGAGGUGGGCGGAGUUUGCUAGUCGGUCAGGAAGAGGAGAAAGGCGGACACAGACACAUCAAACGAUGGCAGCCAUCAGGAAGAAGUUAGUGAUAGUAGGGGAUGGUGCAUGUGGGAAGACCUGCCUACUCAUUGUCUUCAGUAAGGACCAGUUCCCAGAAGUCUAUGUCCCCACUGUGUUUGAGAACUAUGUGGCAGACAUUGAAGUGGAUGGAAAACAGGUGGAGCUUGCAUUAUGGGAUACAGCAGGUCAGGAGGACUAUGACAGGCUGAGGCCUCUGUCCUACCCUGACACUGAUGUCAUCCUUAUGUGCUUCUCUGUAGACAGCCCUGACAGUUUAGAAAAUAUUCCAGAAAAGUGGACUCCCGAAGUGAAACACUUCUGUCCCAAUGUUCCCAUCAUCCUCGUGGGCAAUAAGAAAGAUCUGCGCAAUGACGACCACACCAGACGAGAGCUUGCCAAAAUGAAACAGGAGCCAGUUAAAACUGAAGAAGGCAGAGACAUGGCAAACCGCAUCAAUGCCUCCGGCUACCAAGAGUGUUCUGCCAAAACCAAAGAUGGUGUGAGGGAGGUUUUUGAGAUGGCAACCAGGGCAGCACUGCAGGCCAAGAAACGUGGCAAGAAGAGUGCCUGCCUUCUGUUAUAGGUCUUCUGAGAAUAAGGAGCUGCCUUUAAGCACAGAUAAAGGGGCAGCUUUUAUUGAGAUUUGAGAUAUGGGAGGAUAUUGGGUGGGGCCUGCAAAAGUUAACGGGGAUGCCUAAUUUUUAAUCAUCUGGUGACACGCAGCACAUUCAGGAAGAUCUGAAAUGAUUUGAUAGGCAUCUACACUAUGAUCUUUGCCCUGUAUGUUAGAUUAUGUGCCAUUUUGCUUGCACCUAUCAAAAACUUUCAGAUCUACGGAGGUGUGUAGGCCAGAUGGUAGGGGGGGAGUUUGGAGCUGGGGAGAUGCAACAGAAGGUUGAGGUGUGCCACAAUAGGAAUGAAGAGAGUAAAGGUCCUUACCAGGCCAAAGACAUUGGGGACAUGAGAGAAGGGCGGGGGGCAAAAUUAUAUGAUAGUUUCGAAUAAAGGCUAUGUCUAAGUGGAUCUUACACAGUAUCGCCUACAUGUAGUGCCUUGAGAGCAGUGGUUAAGAGUCUGAGUUGGGGGAUAGGGAUUCAAAAAGCUAGAUAGGGUAUUAAUUUUGUCAUUUUUAGAGCUUCUUAUGAAUGCUUUCUCCCUGUCAUUGGCUUGGCUCCUUCAGGCCCAUGUUCUGACUCAGGCGCUAUGCAGGGGUAUGCCUAAACUAGAUUGUAUGAAAUGUUUUCCCAUAUGGAAUUACCUGAUAUACUGAGUAUGUGCGUGCGUGUGUGUGAGUGUAUUUGUGUGCUCCAGUGCAGGUCUGCAUGCAGUGAAUGUGUGUAUAUUUGUGUUUGUGAUACAUAUUUUCUGUGUCUAUGUACUGUAUGCAUGGAAAGGCCUUUUGCGUCACUUAAUCCCUGUCUCCAUGCCAAAGUUACCCCUGACAGCCAGAUUUUAUGGUGCACACGGGUAAUGGAAUCAACAGCUACCCUCAGAGUGACAUAGAAACUUUCACUUUACUUUACUGGAAGACAUUGUAUCAUAGCUAGAGGCACAAUCAAGUUAACUGUUUGUUGAGUUUUUAGGACCUUUUUGUGUAUACAACAGAUACAUUUGAUUGUGUCAGUGGGUGAAAUCAAGAGUGUUGUAGUUAAGUUGAAUUUGCUUUCAGAUAGAAGAAGAUAGGCUAUCUUAUUAAUAUAAUGUCCAUUAUGUACUGUAUGUCUUACAAGGCCUUGUAAUGACAUGUUUUUGACAUGUGUAUCUCCAGUUUGCCUUUCUCUCAACUACCCCUCACCCUCUUUUAUUGCUUUUAUUGAUAUUGUCAUUAUUGUAUUAUUACUUUUAUUGUUGAUGUCUCUAAUUUUCAUAGUAUAUUUUAACCCUUUUCCUUAAUCCUGCUGUUAUGAUCAUCUUAUGUCAGUAAAAUGAUAAAUUGUAACCAUAGUAUUGUACAUUGAUAAUUGAAGGUCAAGCUUCGGGUGCAAGGCUGGAAAGUUUUGGGGGAGGGUUGUCGGGGCAGUUAUUUUUUGUACUGUGACAUCUUGGGAUUUCUGGAUUUUUUUUCUGUUUUGUUUUGUUUUCCAAAUAAAGCUGGUAUUAGGGUUUUCUGGUGUA